CCAAGCCCCGCCCUAACAGGCCGGCUAUAGGAGUGUCCAUUGUUAUUGAAAUGAGCUGAACAGAGGGAGUGGAGGAAGAUCAGGCGAAGCUGAGGAGCUACACAGUGCACACACAGGAGCAGGAGAAGGCGCAGGCGCAGGGGCAGGGUGGCCGCGGGGUAAUCUUCUCACCACGCACACAGAGUGAGGGUAAUCCCAACACUUCGGGGAUCGGAAGAGAUCAGACUGCUGGACUCCGCUAUGGGCUGCUGAAGUGGCCGAUGCUCGCUGGAUAGUCUGAUGAAACACGUGAAUUGUAGGCGAGGGACACGUUUCUAAACGAUUUGCGUCCGUUUUCUGAAAACCUAUCCUGUAUAUAUAAAAAAAAAAUACUAACUUUGGCGUAUUCCUACUGAGUAAAUUGCAGGGACAUUACGGAUUAUAUUUUCAUCCAAACAAACAACAAAAAUUAAAGGCAGAACAAGAACAAGAGGCGAGAGCGCGCAAGGAAGGCAAGUGGUUCCGGUCCGUUUCCGGUCUGUUUCCGGUGAGGUUUACCUGCUGAGAGUAUGAGCCAGGCGGACGUGAGCUGCUCGGCGCGUCAGCGCGUCUUCCAGGAAGCCCUGCGUAAAGGCAACACGGCGGAGCUGCACUCUCUGCUGCGCGGCAUGACCAACUGCGAGUUCAACGUCAACUCGUUCGGGCCCGAGGGUCAGACGGCGCUGCACCAGUCCGUCAUCGACGGUAACCUCGAGCUCGUCAAGUUGCUGGUGAAGUUCGGCGCCGAUGUGCGUCUGGCCAACCGGGACGGCUGGAGCGCGCUGCACAUGGCGGCUUUCGGCGGCCACCAGGACAUCGCACUCUACCUCAUCACGAGGGCCAAGUACUCAUCCGGAGCGCUCUGAGAAAAGCAAGCAGAAGCAGAGAGAAGCCGGACAUUAAAGCAGGUUUCCCUUCAACCUGGUCCUGGAGUCAAACCCUGAUCUAGAGCCGCACGAUAUAUCACUUGGUCAUUGUGAUUGCGAUAAUAGUGUUUGAGAUACUUGCGUAAUAAUCUGGCCAGUUUGGAUUGCCCAUUUAUAGACAUUUAUCUCUGCAAAAUUCCCCUCUUGCAGAAUAUCAAACCAUAGUAAUUUAGGGAUGAGAAUUAUGAAUAAUCAACCGUUUAUGACCGAUUGAUCAUUGAUCUAUCAGGUGGUUUUCAUCUGAGCAUGAUUUAGAGUAGCGUACUAUUAAAAACGACCCAAUCUGCAGCAUUCGAAUGAACCCUUAAAAAAAUCACAAUUCCUUAUGUGCUGUGUCCACCCAAAGAAUAUUCUCCAACAAACAUAAAACCCUGCCACAUCAGCGGUUCACCAAUGUUUUUUUUGUUGUUGUUUUUUAAGAUGUAUUGCAAUCACAAAAUGUAACAAUAUGUGGUGUGUGUAUAUAUAUAUAUAUAUAUAUAUAUAUA